AUGGACUGCCUUCUUCCGCAGCUCCUGCACCGCGAGGACGAGCGCCUGCCCUUCGACUGCGAGGCUCUGCUGGAGGAAGUGUGCACCAGUCUGGAAGCGGGCUACCGCAGUGUCUGCAGCAGCCUCUCGCCGGCCUCCUCCAGCGACUCCGACUGCUUCUCCCCCCUGGGCCUCCGGCGGGGAGCCGGACAGGAUGCAGACUACCCUGCCGCUGAACAGUGCGCUCUCCAGGAAAAGAUACCGCUGCUGACAGUCAAGGAGAACAGAAGGUCCAGGUCCAAGUAUCCAGGGAAGAAACGGCAAAGUGCCAGCGAGAGAGAGAAGCUGAGGAUGAGGGACCUGACCAAAGCCCUCCACCACCUCCGCACCUACCUCCCUCCGUGGGUGGCUCCGGCCGGGCAGACCCUGACCAAGAUCGAGACCCUUCGCCUCACCAUCCGCUACAUCUCCCACCUGUCAGAGCAGCUGGGCCUCGGCGAGGAGAUCCUGUCGAUGAGAACUCCGGAUGGUUUCUCGCUGUCCCUCACGGCCCCUCGGGACACCACGCAGAACCUGUACCGGGCAUCUCCCCGUGCCGUGGAAGAGCGGGGAGCCGCGUGUCUCUCAUUUUGCCCACAUCUACCCUCUGAGAAUUUCUCCGGUCAGUCAAUGUCACAUCAGAAUCCCAGUGGCACCUUGUAUCCCGCUGUCUCACAGAACUGCUGCGUCCCAAAACUGCAAAACACCUCCUAUGGAUAUUUUUGA